AUGUCCGAUUUCACUAUUGGCGAGAAUGUGAGCGUCUUCUGGGAGAAGCAGGAAAAGGGUCCAGUCACAAUGUCGUGCCGUCGGAGCUUGGGUACUCAAUAUGAAGCCAAAAUCACCGACAUCAAGAAUGUUAAAGGAGUUCCGUCGGUCAAAAUUCAUUACUUGAACUGGAAUAAACGAUUCGAUGAGUGGGUGCCGGCGAACUCCCCUCGGCUCGUCAAAAUCAAAAAUCAAAACUCUCCGAUUGCCGCCGUUGUGAAGGAAUUGAAGAGAGCCUCGACGAUGGUGGAGAAUACUGAUUCGAAACGUGCAAAAUCGUCGGUUGCGGUAGAGAAGACGGAAGAAGCUCAUUACACCAGAGACCAACACGGAGAAUUUCAGAAUUUGAUAGAAAGACUUGUGCAUAAAAUUCUCCGCGAAACGGAUAUUGUCGACACGGACAAUGCGGACGGCCGCAAGUUGUUCAAUUUCGUGGACACUUUCUUCUCGUAUGGACUGCUCACCGCCGAUGGAACCUACUGGAGAUUCAUCAGCCAAUUCCUGCCAUGUGUCGAGCAAAGAAUGAUAAUUUUUGAGUGUCCCAAUGCCAAUGACCGCGUAUUGUCAAUCGAGUGGUUGAAGACGUCGUUCAACAAGGGAACUCUCUACUUCUUACUUUUCGCUCUCACCAAACAGAUCAGCAAGAUUGAUAUGCACCAGUUUUACCACAUAAACUCGUGUCUCCGCAACGAUGGACUCGUGGAGGCUGUCACCGAGCUUAUGGAGAGACUCAGCACUGUCCAAUUUGCCUUCAAAACUUCCCGCCAGCUCCGUCAAGAGCCACUUCCAUCUGCUGUCGUUGAACCAUGUGUUGUGCAGGACUCUUCACGUGCUGCUGCUCGUCAGCGCAAGCUCACCGGGAAGGAAGCUUCCCAGGAGGUAGUGCCAAAUAGGAUCUCAACUGAGGUGUCAAGCCUCCUUACCCAAGCAAUUGAACAAGAUAUUCUUCUCGAUGAACUUGUCCGUACCCGUAAUCACCGUCUCAACACUGAUACAAUCAAGCAGAGUUUCGUUCGCGUUAAGCAAGAAGAGCCAGAGAUGCCAGAGUGCAAUCUUGCCGAUGGAGAGUUUCAAAUGAGCCAAAGAGACGCUCUUCACCUCGCUAUCAACGUUUUUGAGAAGUCGUCGGAAAAGAUCAUCACGUGCUUCAAAGUGCUCGAAAAGUUUCAUUCCGACUGCAUCAAGCUCCGCUUUUUCGUCAUGACGAACUACAACUCGUACGUGUUCGAUUUUCGCCACAAGACACAUCUCGGAUCUCCGGGAACGACAACUAACUUGUCAUCGGAGGGAUUCUUCAUCCCAAUGAUUCGUAUGGCUCAUGACCGUAUCAAGGCUAUCAAGGUUGGUAUUGACAACCUCUCAUUCGUGUUGGAAGCCAACGAAAAUGGUUUCAGCCAUUUCAUUGAGAACGUGGAGAGAGAUGACAAAACGGUCUUCACGUACACCGCCGCGUUGGCUGGAUUGGAGUGUGGCGCAAGUUUUAUCAACACGCUUGGCAAUAUCAUUGAGCAAAGUAAUCCUCUUCUCACCGAGCGCAUCAUGGUGGACAGUAAGAUAGGAUACAUGCGCAUGCUUCAGCCAAAUCUGAAGAAGCUGCUCUCCAGAGCCAUUGACAUUUGUUCGGCCGCUCUAUGCUUCUGGUACGAGCAGUCGUAUGCUGAGCGUGUGCCGUCGAUGACUACUAAAUCUGGAUACCUAUUCAAGACUAUUGCUGGAGUAGGAAUGAGGAGAUCACAGAUAGCCGAUGAGAGAUACUGUGUCAUAGUUAGGAACAGUCUCCAUGUUUUUCUCGACUCCAACUGCCAGAGGGAGGAUGUCGUGAUUAACUUGAGCACAGCGACCAUGUAUAGCACCGGGCGCGUCACUUUCCAGUUGAGAGGCCCUGAAGGCCAUUUCGAAUUUGAGUCAAGCUGUCAAAAAGACUACGCCGAGUGGAUGACAGUGUUGGGACAUGUCAUGGAGAACAAGGCGACACCAGAAAACAUGACUCCGUGCCUUACCGUACUCCUUGAGGGUAGCAUUGCAGUUGUUCAGGAAGGAGAAACAUUCUGGGCCGACGGAUUCUUGCGCCUCCUCAAUGAGAUCCCCGGUGACUCUUUCCAACAAGUCAUUGUUGUCUACCCAUCGAAAUAUAAAGGCAGUUUCACUGCUAACUGUGCGCCAGCUUUCUGCCUGGUUACUGGUGAGCAGUCCAUUCAUUAUUUCUUCCUCCGGUUCACCAAGGAACUCGAGCGUUUCACAAAUUCUAUCGAGGUCAUCUAUGGACUGAAACACCGGAAACUUGAUGAGCCAAUGAUGCAGACGCCAGUCGGGAAGACUAUCCACAACACGUGCUGCCUCGCCAAGAACCUCUGGCCGAUCUAA